GUGAGACCAAGGAAAGAGUCUGACAACUAAACUGAAACCUAUACAUUUUUCUCACAGUACAUGUAGUAACAACACAAUGGCCUGUGCAUUACCACUGGCAGUCCUUGUCCUUCAUGGAUUUCUCUCUCUUUCAGCAGAUUCAUGCAAUUAUUAUUUCCAACAUGGAUCUUUCUUCUCCAUUCCUCUGAAAUACACUGACUUGAGUUCGAAAGAAAUAACCUGGAAACACAAUGAAAAAGUUAUAUUAAAAAGAAAGAAUGGAAAGUUCAAACCAGGCAAGCCUGAGGACAUCUUAGAUGAUGGGUCUCUCCAACUCAAAGGCCUGGUGUCAGCAAACGAAGGUACUUACAAAGCAGAGGUGUUCAACAGCGACGGAAAAAGCAUCAAAGAAGAGUCCUUCAGCCUGUGUAUGAAGGAAAAAGUCUCCAAGCCCUCAGUGCAAAUUACCUGUUCUGAUAAGGACGUCACCUUUACCUGUUUCUUGACUAACACUGAGGGAGUGACUUUCAAGUGGAGCAAGAACAGACAGCCUUUAAAUGGGGAAAAAACAACAACCUUGAUCAUCGGUCUGAAACAACUGAAAGAGCCGGACACCUUCACCUGCUCUGCAGUCAAUGAGGUCAGCGCGGAGACAAGUGACAUCAUCAAACCAACAUGCAAUGCUGUCUCAAAAUUGGGUGAUCUGCGUUCACUGUUUGGUUUGGAUUUCUGGACCAUGGUGGGCAUCCUGGCCGGGGGAGGGGGCUUGGUACUCCUCCUCAUCAUCAUCACCUUGGUGUGCUGUUGCCUCAGCCGACGCAAGAGCCAGAUGCGCUUUGAAGAGGAAAGAGAGUUGAGACUAGCCCCCCUGACCAAGACCCAGCAUCCUUACCACCCAGAGGGCCAGACAAAGCAUCCUUCUCACCCAGAAGGCCAGAAGCAAAGGCAGAGACCCCCCGGUGGGGCCCCACCUGGUUCCAUGGGCCCCAGGCCCACAGCCAGAGCCUCCAGCCAGGCUGCGCCCCAACCCAGAGCCCAGGCUCGAGGGAAGCCUCCACAGACACCAAUGGAUGAUGAUGAGGAGCAGCCCCCACCACUACCCCAGCCUAGGAAGAAAGGCUCUCACCCCGCCAGGCAAUGAGUCUGGAAACAGGUUUCGCCUGUAUACUUUCUGAUCCAAGGAAAGGAGUUCCAGCAGUCUACAUGUUGUAGAUGUUGAAAAUGUUGUUACCUAAAGAAUAGAAAAGGAAGGGAAAAAUACCCACACAGUGUUCUUUUCUUCCAAUGCCUUUUCAAAAUUCUGUUUCAUUGUUUUUAUGUUCGGUAGGCUACAACUCAUCUGUCCACCUCCUCUUGAAGUAGUGACCUUAACUUGAUGUCUGUGUGGUUGUCAAUAAAAACUAAAUAACUGCAGGCACAUAGUCAUUGAUGGGCAACAUUAUUUGAAAAUACUCAAAUACACAGGAAAUAAGUAUUUCAAAUACAAAUAAUUAAAAUGCAUAUGUAUUCGAACCCAGGUCUGAUAGCUAACAAUUGAAAGAUGAUAAUAAUAGUGUAAAUGUUUCCAUUCACAUCAUUGUGCAUUUGAGUCAUUCUCUGUAUUCACAUCUCUGAGUAAAGCUCUCAUGUAAUGUCUUGUUUUCCUGUUACAUCGCUGAGGCCUCUUGGCGGUGGUUUUGGCACGGCACCAACGAAUAGCAUGCAGGGAGCAAAGAUGCUGAAAGGAACACUUAACUGAAGCCCUCGCUUCCACACAUCUUACCUCCUUUUCCUGUGUGUGUGGGAGGGAUGUGUGUGUGUGUGUGUGUGUGUGUGUGUGUGCACAUUUGCGUUUGCUGAACUGCACAUGACUGCUAACACAGGUUUUUGCACCCAUUUUAUUUACAAGCAUUUCGCUACUCUCACAUUAACAUCUGCAAGCAUGUGUAUGUGACCAAUAAAAUGUUAUUU